GCCUCACGGUCUUCUUCCUGACGUUAGCCUGCCUGGCUAAUACUCAUAUAGCUGCUCUCAUAUGAUGCUAGCUAGCCUGGAAUCAGUGCUUGACAUGCUAAUUCCAUAAACAACAUGAUGUUUGUUUGUUUGCUCGUUUGCUUGUUGCCGGUGACUUCAUGUUGUUUUUGGGAUGUUCGCUGUUAGGUUUAAUCAGAACCUGCCGAGCUGUCGUCAACCUGACGGGACCGUAAUCUCUUGGAGAGACAGCGCAACAGAAACUCUAUUCAAGCAACCGUCAAUUUAAUAUUUUUCUUAAGUCGGGCUGAAAUAAAUGUGCUGUAAAGCGCAGUCUGAGAUUUGUUCCACUCAAGCGAACUGUUCCGUUUAUUUCGGUGUAUGUCUGGUCCACCAAACAGCGUUUAAUUGUUUAAAAUCUCAGAUUUAACGGUUGAUCACACGGUUCGUUUACGCCCUCUGUCACUAUAGUUAAGAAAGAAUAGCAGAAGAUGAACAGCAGAUGAAUCACAAAUCAGUAACUAUUAAUGUUGUAAAAUGUUUAUUGGCAUAUCUUUACAGAGACACCACGGUCUGUAAAUGCCGUGUUUAACAGCAUUGUGUGUUGGACGGAACCGUAAACCUGUUCAGGGUUCACUCUACCAUAUCAGGGCGCAGAACGUUCGCGACGUUCGUAACACCAGACGUCACUUAACAAAGUGUCUAUUUUACCAAAGUCUUCAUUUGAGCCGAAAUACAUUCAUUUCAGUAGAAGACAUUAGACUUUCAACAAUUUAGUAAGCGUUCUCUUCAAUUCGGCAAAUGUUUGGGUGACCGAACAGCGUUACAAUUAUGUUGAAUUUGAAUUUUUUACGCUCCCAUGCGAUUUGACUCGUCUAAGCGAAAACUUGAAUAAAUCAUUAGCUCGAAAUUUUACCAAAGUAAAACGUUUCGUUGUGUGACCGCAAAUCACACAGCUUGUUAAGGCUUACUUCAUUGUGCAUUGUACGCAGAUAUAAGGACAGAAAAAUUUUGGUGCAUAUUAAACAGAAUGUGUUGCGCAGUACAGCCGUGGUAUUCUCCAAACGCAUUCGUUCUGGUGUUAAUUUUACGUGUUUUUAAAUGGAGAUUUUUAAGUUAUUUUCAGAACCAGCCCAGUCCACUUGGCAGGAACAUGGCGACCCAGCCGACCCCUCCGUCCGUCCUGAGAGAGUUUUGUCCGCUCUACUACCUGCUGAACGCCAUCCCAGCCAAGGAAACGCUUGCAUGACCCGCAAUACACUGCCCCUCUGAUUGGCUGCUUCCUGCCUGUUACGUAAUGCACAUGUGCAGCUCUCACUAAAGAUUGAACGAGGUGCAGCGUGGAUUCCGGUCCGUCUUGGUCUACUUGACAGCUCUGGACAGCAGCAGCGACUUCCUGGCAGUUGGCAGCAGCAUAGGGAUGCUCUACCUUUACUGUCGCCGCCUCGCACAUAUGAACAAGUACAGCUUGGAGGGGAAGAGUGAUGCGAUCACAGCUGUUAAGCUGCUCAGCUGUUUUGAUGAUCUAGUUGCUGUGGGAACAGCAUCUGGUCGAGUUGCAGUCUUCCAGCUCGUGUCUCCACUUCCUGGUCGAAACAAACAGUUGAGGCGUUUCGAUGUGGUUGGCCACCAUAAAGGUUCUGUAACGUCGCUCGCGUGGAGCACCAACGGGAUGAAACUGUUCUCCGGAGAUGAUAAAGGACGGAUCGUGUUCUCGUCUCUGGACCUGGACCAGGGUGUGUGUAAACCCGUGCUGCUGUUGGAGGAGUCCUCGGGUGUGGUACAGAUGGAGUACAGUCACCAGGUGCUGCUGGUCUCAACACAGCAGAGAUCUCUGCUUUACUGCACACAGAAACAGGAAGUCCAGCAGCUCGGCACUAAGCCACGCAAGAGCAGCGGCAGGUUCGGCGCCUGCUUCCUGCCGGCUCUCUGUAAACAGAGUGAUCUUCAGGUGUUUGCUGCUCGACCUGGACUCCGACUGUGGAGGUCUGACGUCAGAGGACAGGUGGAGGACACCCGGCUGCUGAAACCACUCUUCAGCUCACAGAUUCCUCAGUUUGAAUUGUUUCCUCGUCCCGAUCCAAUUGGAGCUUACCGUCCUGCAGACAGACAGCUUGGUCUGCUCAGCUGUAUCCUCAGGGAGGGCUGGAUCCUCAGCUGGAAUGAGUACAGCAUCUAUGUCCUCGACUGUCUUAACGAGGUGAUAAUCGGAGCCUUGGAAAGCAGUGGAGAUAUCGUGUCAGUGUCGUGUUGUGACAACGAGAUCUUCAUCCUAAAAGGAGACAGAGACAUCAUCCGUCUCUCCAACAGCCCUGAGGGACUGGCCUCCAACUUGUCGGAGCUCUCUGUCCAUCUCUCCUCACCUUUGACCACACCCAGCAUCCUCCCACCAACCGGAUCAGUGGAAACAGCUCAGCCAAUCAGAACCAUGGCUAUAAUUGUAGAGGGUGGAGGAAGGGAAGAGGGGGGAGGAGGAUGGGAGAGACACAGUGAGGAAGGAGAAAAAGAAGAAGAGGAGGAAGUGGAGGAAGUUGAGGAGGCAGAGGAGCAGCUAGAGGUGAUGGAGCAGCGGUCUAGUUUAUUCGCCAGUGGCUCUCGUAGCCGCAGCAGCUCUGUCACUUCCUGGGACAGUCUCCAUGGAAAUGCCCCUGUGACCACUUCAUGUGAGCUGAGCUCGAGACGCUACAGCGCCCCCCUGGGUCAGGGCGAGAUGCAGCAGGAGCUGGUGGUGAAAGCCAUCAGAGUGAAGAAGAAGAAGAGGAGAAGACAAGACAGUAGCAGUGGGAACCGUCAAUCUGAGAGCAGCUGCUCAGAUUCCAUGUUUGUGGCCCAGGAUGGCAGCUGUAGUGACGGAGGAAGUGGAACUCCUCUGAGCGACCGAGCCUCUCUCAUCGGUCUGGACCUCCAAAACCAGGACUCCCCUGAACAGGACCAGGACUCACAGGAGGCACAAUCUGGGGGUUCAAACAAAGAAAUAAAGGAUGGAGAGAAGGUGGUGUCUUCCUCCAGCCAGUCUGGCUCUUUCCUCCCUCCAGGAUCCCUGAUCUUCCAAGGUCCCGAGAGCCAGCUGAAACCAGAUGCAGAGCCAGAGGUCAUCCCCCCAACCCCGGAUGUGGAUCUGCUGCUGGAGUGCACCUUCUCCUACAUGCAUAACACUGAUGAGGAUGAUAGACAGGAGCAGCAACCAAUGGAGGAACAGGAGGACGAGUUUCUGAGCCCUCUGAUUGGACCAGAGGAAGAAGAGGAGGAAGAGAGUGAUGACCUGGUGCCUCCUGCUGGUCUGACAGACCAGAUGUUUUACUCCACUGUGUCAAGUCUGGACAGAAAACCCAGUAUGUCCAGUGAUGAAGAGGGAGACAUCUACGGUCACACUGUUACAGCUGAUGCCCUCAACUGUCCAUCCAGUCAGACAGAGAAGAAAACAGGCAGAGACCAGGACAUUCAGGACAGAGACACACUCAAACCUGAGCAGUUGGCAGAAAGCUGGAUGGGAUAUUCAGGACCAGGAUGUGGGAUACUGAGCCUGCAGGUGACUGACAGGUUUGUCUGGUGUCUGGAUUUUAAAGGAGGACUGUUCUGCAGCACACUUCCUGAAACUGGACUGAACUGGCAGCGCUUUGAAGACAAUGUACACCAAAUGGCGUUAUCUCCUUCAGGUAAUCUGCUGUGGAAGGUGGAGCAGAAGAGCAUGACAGCAUUUGCUUGUGCAAAAGUAUCAGUUAAAGGCAAACGUCAUUGGUACAAAGCUGUGGAGCAAACAGGAUUUGUGGCUCUGAGUGACGACUCCGCCUGGAUAAUCAGGACCAAUGGAGACCUCUACCUGCAGACAGGUCUGAGUGUGGACAGGCCCUGUGCUCGCUCAGUGAAGGUGGACUCACCCUGUGUGUUCAGCCAGGUGUGUGUGAGAGGAGGCGUGGUCUGGGCCCUGAGCGAACACAAAGCUCUAUUCUACAGAGAGGGACUGAACAGCUACUGUAGCGAGGGAGAGGGCUGGAAGUACGACACCGUCAGUGAGGCUCAGGGUCUGGAGUUGAUGUGCGUUGCUCUGGGAGACGGUGGUACGGCCUGGGCGCUGGACGCCAGCGGCAGCCUGUGGUUCAGAACCGGUAUCAGUUCGUCCAGACCACAAGGAGACGAUGACCACUGGUGGCAGAUUAGUAUUUCAGACUACGUGGUCUUCGAUCAGGGAAGUCUGUUUCAGACUCUGCUGCAGGCCACUCAGAGUGUUGCCACGGUGACAAGGGCGCCAGUGGAGCGGGUUGUGGCUUUCCUUUCGCAGUACUCUCAGUGCCAGCCGAGUCUGGUCAGCGCCAAUGCCAGUGGAGUCUGGGUCGCCUCGGGACGGAACCAGCUGCAUCUGGCUCGUGGCAGCCUCGUGGGAACUUUCUGGCAGAAUGUUGUUCCCAGAGGAACCGUCUCCGCCACCAGGUGGACCUUCAUCACGUCUUCAGCUGUGCCUCACAGAGAAGGUACGUUCCUAUGGUUGGCUCAGAGCAGGAAGGAUCUGUUCUGUGUUUGGGACCAGGAUGGAGAGCUCCGCCCCUCCUCUGUCCCUCUCCCACCUGAGGUGGAGUUGACUCACCUGUCUGCCUGUCGCGACGCUCUGUGGGGUUUGGACACUCAUGGCCGAGUCAGUAUUCGUACACUGUCUCCAUCCUGUCCUGUCGGGCUCCACUGGACCCCCCUGGACCUCAGCCAGCUCGGAAGCGUUCGCCUGGUCAGUGUGAGCUGCGGCAGUCAGAACGUCUGGGCAGUCGACAGUCGAGGAGUCGUUUACUUCAGAGUUGGAACGCAGCCACUGAACCCGAGCAUGAUGCUGCCGGCCUGGAUCCACAUAGAACCACCUGUACAGCAGCCAAUUGGGGUGCAGCUGGUCAGUAUUCAGACGAGUCCUAAUGAUCGUCUCCUCUGGGCGUUGGACAACAGAGGAAGUGUCUUCGUCAGGACCGGACUCAGUGAUGAGAUGCCUGUGGGGACGGAGUGGGAGCUUGUACCAGGCUUGUCCGUCAGUCAGCUGGUCCUCAGCUCUCGGACAGUUUGGGUUCGAUGUGUAAACGGAGAUCUGGCUCGACGUUACGGUGUCUCAGACAGAAACCCAGCAGGAGAUUACUGGAAGAAGAUCCCUGGACACGCCAACUGGUUAACUGUGUCUCCUGAGGACGAGUUGUGGGCGGUGACUCUGAUUGGAGGAUUGUCUCGUCGCCUGACAAAGCUCCUCCCACAGACUCCGUGUAGGCCUGCCCCCUCAGGCCCCUCCCUUAGCGGGGACGAUGUUGAUGACGAAUGGGAGCUCAUCUGACCCAUAUCAUCACUGUGAUGUCACCACUGUUUGAGUUAGUCAUCUGAUCUGGUCUCACUUAGUAGGACGCUGUGAUGUCACAGUGACCAGUGACACCACUUCCUGUUUCCAAAACAAACAGGAAGUGUUUACAAACAAACAGGAAGUGGGUUCAACCGACACUGAGCAGGCAGUUGACAUCAAUUCCUGUAACUUUAAUGUUUGGAGGACGGUUCCGAAAGAAGAUGGCCGCCACACAAAGCGCACAGGUGGCUGGUGGGAAAUAAAAUGUAAUAAGACUCUAUUUAAUUUGUUUUAAACAGGAAGCACUUUAUUCUGAAGGGAUGGUGGACAACAGAGAGAUCGGUUCUGACUAGUUUUAACUGGUCCAAACUGGUGAUAACAGGAUCUGACAGGUCCACAACAGUUCUAACUGGUUCUGUCUGGUCAAGAUUGGUUCUAACUGUUCCAGACUAGUUCUAAUUGGUUCUAACUCAUCCAGAUUGGUUGAAACAGGUUAGGACUGGUUCCGACUGGUUCAACUGGGCCAGAAUUGCUUUUUUCUAUCUUUUCAUUUCAGUUUGUCCGACUGGUUCGAACUGGUGUUUUUGAGGGUUUUAGUCUAGUUUAGUCCAGUUAAAUUGUUUCUCUUUCAGUCUAGAUUGGAGUGGCUCAAACAGGUUCUAACUAGUUUAAAAUCAUCUGUUUUUUUCCAGUUUAUUUCAGUCCAGUCAAACAUGUUGAAAAUUGGGACAUUAAGGGACAUUUCACUGCAGAGGAAGAUGUGAUUCUGGUUCUAUCUGGUUCUUUACCAAUCUGAGUUCAGUCGGAUUGUGUUUAUUGAUCAGUGACCAGCAUUAGCUUCAAGCUAAUUUUUAAAGGGAUAUUUCACUGUUUUAAUUUAUUUGCAUGUUUUCCAAGAUCAGACUGGAUAAAACUGGAUGAGAUUGGUUAUACUGGAUUAACUGACCUAAACUGGGUUUAACAGGUUUCCAGCACUGAGUCUGCAACUCUUACUGGGAACAGACUGGACUUCUAUGUGGAUUACACAGUUACCAUGGCAACAGGCGGGAGCCCCCAUCCACUGAGACUGAUUCAUUAAAAAAAUGUUGUUGUAAUUUAAUAACAUUGAAAGAUUCUCCUGAAAUGAAAUCUAAAACAUGACCUGAACUGUGGUUGACUGCAGUGAGCUCUGAUGGACCUUGAUGGACUGUAGCGGGCCCUGUUGGACUGCAGUAGACCCUGAUGGACUCCAGUGGACCCUGAUGGACUGUAGUGGAGCCUGAUGGACUGUAGCGGGCCCUGUUGGACUGCAGUAGACCCUGAUGGACUGCAGUAGACCCUGAUGGACUGUAGUGGACCCUGAUGGACUGUAGUGGGCCCUGAUGGACCCUGGUGGUUUGCAGUGGACCCUUAUGGACUGUAAUGGACCCUGGUGGACUGAAGUGGACCCGAGUCUGGUGUGAACUAGAUUGAUAUUAAAAUAGUCAUUUUAACUCUUCCUCCUCUGUCCUCCUUGUCGUUGCAGCAUUGCCAUGGUGAGCUGAGCAGGUAUGACUGCGUUGUGAUGUCAUCCUGCUGUCAGUUGAUUGGUUGGAUGUUCUGACCAGUAAGAAUUUAGUGUAAACUCACCUGUUGUGAUUUCCUUCAUUAACCUAAUAAACAUGUUUAAGCACUGAA